AUGGAAUACAGGGACAGGCGAGAGAAGCGCGGCUCAUCGCGAACCGAGCGCGGUCGCUCUCCUGAACGGCGUCUCAUUCGGGAGAAAGACAGGGCUCAACCAACACCCCGCUGCGCUUCUCGAGAGAACAAAAAGCUCAUCUCGUCGAUCCUAAGUUGCAUUCCUAGCUGUUCGAAGGGGUUUCUUCAAGGCACCGAUGUUCCACCCCUGAAGGCCGAGGAAUGCCCUGGAUUCACAGGUGUAAAAAUACGCGUCUUGGAGAAAGACCUAUUGGAUGUAGCAAUAGAGCUGGCCAAUAAUACCCGCAGCGGAAGCGAUACCUCAAAUGCUGUGUCGGCCGCAGGUGACUCGCCAGCCACAAUCCCUGAACAUGGUCGCACAUGCCUUUUCAACACGGCUAUCGCACAGCAGCCCAAGGAUUUCGGUUUUGCCAAAAAGUUGAAGCAAAUCACUCUAUGA